CCGUCCGCUCAUGCCAUUCCAAGAACAACAUUCGACUCGGAGCUGAAAUGUUGACCGCAAAUCCAAUCCACCAGGUGGAAAUCGCGCGGCAAGAUAGUUCGAUCAAGCCGGUCUUGCCGUUGACGGACGCUCUGGACGGACUGUCAGCGGAAGGGCAGAUACGAGGAAUUAUGGACUCGCUCAUCUUCGUUAUCAACAAUCGAGUCUUCGAUCGAGCUUCGCUCCCAUGGACACGAUUUGUCCCGGACUUCCAAGCGGGAACCAACAUAGCUCUUCCAAUCCGGAACUCUAGGGAAGUGUUCGACAUGUUCCAGACGGUCGCCGCGGCCUGUCCAGACUACAAAGUGACACUGUCGCACGCGCAGAUUUUGGUGGAUGAGGAAGCGGGUAGCGCAAAGGUGUCGUGGAAAGGGGAAUCGGUCGGCUUGUUUCCUGGAAUCACAAUUCCCAAUAUUGGUGUUACGGAGUUUGAGAGGAUUGAUGGUCGCUGGUGGGUGUCCCGAUCUGACGAUAUCAGAGGGCAGGGCGAUUACCCUCAUGUCGCGGACCUCACCUAUCUGCAGGCAUGGAGUCCUGGGGUUGAUUGACAAUGUAUACUUGGGGACAAGUUCCAAAUCGACACAUUGUACUCGGCGGUGAAUACUUCUAUGACGGUAGAGAAGAAGAUUGUGACUAGUUUCCCGGAUCAAAUCGACGUGCAUUCGCUACUGCUCC